GCGGUGUUUACAUUAGCGGUUGACGCCGAGCUGAUGAAGGAGGGGGCGGGGGGCCUCCUGGCUGAAAACACGUCUUCUCAACUGACUCCGCGGCGCGGCUCUGUCUGUGUGGGGGAAGAAGAAAAAAAAAGUUUUUUUUAAUGUUGGACAGGCAAAGUGCCACGCAAUAACAGAGUCCCACGGAGUUUGACUGGUUCGUUGCGACCUUGGACAGAAGGGGAGAAAGUCACGACGAAGCCGAGCGCCAUAAUAACCAUCGGAGGAAACUGUUAACGUGUAGGAGGAAUAGCUUAGCAACAGAGCCCCACUUCCUGAGGUGUACGGGAUCAAGCUCCUAACACCAUGGAUAUGGAUAUGCACCCACAAGGACAGAAAGAAGGCAUGCCAGUAUUUCAAAAUCAGAAACCUCUGCAGCCAGACAUGGGCCACAAUACUUUGGCUAACUUCCAGAUUGAGAAGAAGAUCGGACGUGGCCAGUUCAGUGAGGUGUACCGAGCCAGGUACCUGUUAGACAACACGUCGGUGGCCUUAAAGAAAGUCCAGAUAUUCGAAUUGAUGGAUGCCAAAGCUCGGCAAGAUUGCAUCAAAGAGAUAGAUCUCCUUAAGCAAUUGAAUCACCCCAAUGUGAUAAAGUACCACGCAUCUUUUAUUGAGGACAAUGAGCUGAACAUAGUUCUGGAGUUAGCUGAUGCUGGGGAUCUCUCCCGUAUGAUCAAGCACUUUAAGAAGCAGAAGAGGCUCAUCCCAGAGAGAACGGUUUGGAAGUACUUCGUCCAGCUCUGCAGUGCGCUCGAGCACAUGCACUCCCGAAGAAUCAUGCACAGAGAUAUCAAGCCAGCCAAUGUGUUCAUCACAGCUACCGGUGUGGUUAAGCUGGGAGACUUGGGACUGGGAAGAUUCUUCAGCUCCAAAACAACUGCUGCUCACUCGCUUGUGGGUACCCCUUACUACAUGUCACCAGAGAGGAUACAUGAAAACGGCUACAACUUCAAAUCUGACAUCUGGUCGCUGGGAUGCCUCCUCUACGAGAUGGCAGCCUUACAGAGUCCUUUCUAUGGGGAUAAGAUGAACCUCUACUCGCUUUGCAAGAAGAUAGAGCAGUGUGACUACCCCCCUCUUCCUUCAGAUCACUACUCAGAAGAGCUGAGGAACCUAGUAGUUAUGUGCAUCAUCCCCGACCCGGAGAACAGGCCGGACAUCGGCUACGUGUACGACAUCGCCAAACACAUGCAGAAGGUCACACAGGGCUGCUAAGCCCCGUGUUGCGCACAAACAUACGACACCCUGCAGAACUCCUCCACACUUCCACUCCUGCCUUUUAUGCUGGACUCCAAACACGACUUUUGCCCAUUACACCAAAAAAAAAAAAAAGGAAAAAAAAAAAAAUCACUCCAAAGAAUAACUGCUGGUGCUAUCUGGUACAUGAAGCAGAGUUUUACUGUCAGGGUAAAGUUUAUAAAAACAACAAAGGAACCCAGAUUUAGUGAUAAAGAUAUUCUUCUUAGGUAGAUUUUCAAUUUUAGCAUUUAAAUUGUGCCUUUUUUUUUUUUUUUUUGAACGUUAAAAACUUGUCUCAGCUUGUGUUUGCUGGCAUCCAUCCUGCAGCUGUGACAAUCAUUUACCUCAGUCAGUGACUUUAGUUGGUAGAAACGGUGACUUUUCAGACCCCUUUAACAACUUCUCUGAUGUUUUUAGUAAUUUCCAACUUUUUGGACAGUAUUGCACCUGAAAGAAAGUAAAUGUUCUCCUAUGUAGGCUCCAGCCUUCUUUGUUAGAAAAUGUGCCAUGCACAAGUUCUCUCUUUUCACCUUUUUGUCACAUUAUAGCUACAAGCUUUAAGGUACUUCAUUGGGAUUUUAUGCGAUUAUUUGAAGGGUUUCCCCCAGAAAAUGGGGUUUAUCCUGGCUGUAGUUUUUAUAGUGGCUUGCGGUAGGUGCGGCGGAACCAUGGAGUUGGUGCGGGGAUGGAUGCACGUCUCAGUCAUUGAGUCCUGAAUUGCCUGCUGGCGGUAGUUAGAGGGCCAGAUGGUGCUGAUGUAUAUCAGAUACUAACAUAGCUCACCACCAUCAUAGGUGAAUGACUGACUGUAGUGUAAAGUGCUUUGGGGUCGUUGGACUAGUUAAAGCGCUGUACAAGUAAAAGCCAUUUACCAUCAACAGCUAGCGUUGCCUUAUGUUGACCAGGAGGUUUUCUCCCAGACGGGAACUUCACUGACCAUUUUAUGUUGCCCUCAAACAUCGAGACAUUUAAAAUAAACAAAUGACGCUUAGCCUGGCAGGGGUUUCCCCCACCGUAUUAUAAUACGGUGAAAGUAGAAGGAAAAAGAUGCACUGUUCAAUAAUUAUGCCUUACGUUUAUGUUUGUAUGUUGCAUAAAGUCCCAAUAAGACCAAUAAAACGUUAAAGUUGGUAGUUAUAACCUGCCAAAAUGUGAAAAAGUUCAAAGUAUAUGAAUACUGUAAAUAUUUGAAGCCCAGGAAGAUUACAGGACAACCUUAACUAAAGGCCAAUACGUACUGUCCAAAAGCAGAAAAGUCUGCUCUUUUACCUGAGAUGGCGAGGACAGCCGUCUUCCUGGCCAGAGCAUACCAUACUUCACAAGUUCUCAAGUGCACCACUCUUGGAAAGUCCUUAUUGGUCUCUUUCUUGCAACAUUUGUACAUAAGGGUUGUCAGGAACCACGUCAGAACAAGGUUCUGACCAGCAGAUGUCAGAAACAAGCUGCAUGAACCUCCAAACAAAGGCCUACAGACAGAGAAAAUGUCAGUUCUAGUAUAAAGAGGCCUUUUCUACUCUCAAAUAUAUAGAAAAUAGAAAUGUUGUUUACAAUUAUGUAAAUUUACUAAUUGGAGAUGGUGAUGUGCUCAAGAGUUGGUCAGGAAAAAUAUAUAGUGAAAAAUUGAGUGUGUUCAAAAAAAAAUUCGAUGCUUCAGCGUGGAAAAAGAAAAACAGUAAAAACUCUUAAAACUCUAGUGGAGAUUUGUUUUCACUGAGUGACAGCAGCAAAUCUGAAACAAAGCAGAGCAAUUGAUGGUUGAUAUGUUGUUGUGUUGCACUUUUUUUACCCUGGCAAAGCAAGGCUGGCAGGGUUAUGUCAAAUGAAUGUAUUAGAAAAGGAAGAAUCAUUUACAGGGUAGACUAGAGACGUGCUUGGGGGAGAACAUGGGCAAAUGUCUCCACAACACUUUGAAUGUUAGUCAUUUUGACACCUUUGUGUUGUCUGAAAACUUCACAAUGUCUCUUUUGACAGCCCCCAUAGUCGCGGAAGCUGUAACAAAAGCAGUUUUAUAUCUGCUGUUUACCCUUCCCGUGACACCAUGUUUUCUUCUUAGCUCAGCUCCAGCGAGGUACAAAGUGUCACGUUGUUCUGGGUCUGUAAAAGUCACACAAAGAAAACGUUUAGAGCGUGAAAUAAAGCGCUGUCCUUCCUACAGGGUCCAGCAGACACAUCCAAACCCCCCGUUCAGGUGGUCAAACUCCAGGCAGCCUUGUUUAUGUUGCAGUGAACAUCUCUCUUAUGCUACAAAUAAGAGAUCAAUGUCAAGCCGUCCAUGCUAGGAAAACUGUGUUCAGUGAAAAUCUAAAUACAAAGAAAAUGAUAAUCAUCGCCCUAACUUGGGAAAAGUAUGUUAUUGAACGCAUAUAAAUGCCCGUUUAACGGAGGGAAAAAGCCAUGAUGAGAUAAUGUUGUUUACUAUACAUAACAAAGAAGAACCAAGUUGUUGGGAUGGAUUAUUGAUUAGUAUAUAUGUUUUUUUUUUUGAGUAAAACGGUUUACACCAGUAUUUUAUGAUAAACCAGCACUGACUGUAACUGGUUUACAUUUCAAUAAUGAAACCAUUCUGAAGGUAAAUAUGUCGUGAUUAAUAACACAAUUUAACCUUGUCAAAUAACCUGUUAUACCCCUGUUAUUGUUUUUUUUUUUCUGAACUUCUAAAACUUCAUAUGUGUGUUAUAUUCAGAAUCAAAGCUUGCAUGAGGCAAGAAACUAAGGUUUGGUUAACAAAAUAUGUUGAUGUGUUGAUGGUUACAGAAAUACAGAGAUUUACAACAAAUAAAGUGUUUAUUGUUGUUUUGCAAGCUUAUAUAUUCCUUUGGAUUUAGGCUCUAAACUGUUCCUCCCCUCAGCCACAGUCCUGAUCGUGUUUUAUCUACUAGCUUUGGGAAAGCGCCAAAACAUUUCAGUAUUCUCUAGUAAUUUGUCUGGGAGUUGUUGCUUUGAAGUAACCUCUUUGAAAUUAUAGUUUUUAUGGUUAUUUUUAUUUUAAUUUGGCAUAUCAGCAUUGAAACAAACCUACUAAAGCUGAUUCUGCAGUGCCUUCAGAAGGCAAGCUUAGAUAUUUUUCAGGAGGCACAAUUAAUUAAAUCACUUCCUGUAUGUAAAUUUACCUAAAAGUGCUUUUACUUUGAAACAGAACAUUGUAUUUAUAGGAAAAUAAACUCUACCUUUGCAGCUAUUGCCUAAACAAGUGGAGUUUUUUUUUUUUUUACCCUUACAAAGAAGUUUAAAAACACUGAGAACUAAGUUGCUUUAAGGAUUUUUUGGCUUAUCUUGAUAUUUUUAUCUGUAACUGUUGCCUAACUCUGCCUUUUAGCUUCUCUCCGUUUUCCUCUGCAUGCCCACUGAAGUUGAUAUCGAAGAGUCCAGAAAGUAAAACUAAAAACAUUGGCGAUAUUUAUUGUCUUCGCUUUAGUUGCUUUUUCAACAUUUCUUGUGCAAAUGAAAUACACAUAUCACCAACACGUUGUAUGCAAAUUAAAACAAAUAAAGCUUUAACUUUUUUGUGGACAUUGAGCUGAGUGAAGCGGUUUUUUGUUGUUCUAACAUACAUUUAUCUUUUACCUGCCUGUAUAACAUCAUCUAACAGUAUUAAAGGACAGAAAGUAUAAUGUUUAUCUCUAAAAACAGCUCUAGCCUAUUCAGAGUUACUGUUAUGCUCUGGUAAGGACAAUUGGGAUUCAAAAAAUAAGAUUUAUUUCCCUUAUUAAGGUAUACAGUUUAUUAUUCCACUGAGAUCAACUUCAGGGAAACAUUUGCAGCAUCACUAAUCAAAUUUAAAGUGUUGUUUGUUAUUGGGGGGAUACUAAAGCAACUCCAAAGAAGUAUUUUAGUCAAUAUAGUUCUCUGUGAUAAAUGCACGGCCUCCAUAUUCAUUAUUACACCACCUUCUAAUCUUGCACAGCCCUGCAGGGAUGCAGUAACAGUUGUUAUGAAAAAAAUAUCACUGUUUUGUUAUGUUACUUUAUUAAAGUAUACCACAGUGUG